CGCGCGGGAAAGAGGCGUUGUUGAGUCCCGGGCGGGCGGGCGGGCGGGAGUGAGCGGCGGCGGUGCCGCUGCGGCAGGCUCGGCGGCGGGAAGGCGAUGGCGGAUAUCGAUAAGCUCAACAUCGACAGCAUCAUCCAGCGGCUGCUGGAAGUGAGAGGGGCCAAGCCUGGUAAGAAUGUCCAGCUGCAGGAGAGUGAAAUCAGAGGACUGUGCUUGAAGUCCCGAGAGAUCUUCCUCAGCCAGCCCAUCCUGCUAGAGCUUGAAGCGCCACUCAAGAUAUGUGGUGAUAUCCAUGGGCAAUACUACGAUCUGCUUCGACUCUUUGAGUACGGUGGUUUCCCUCCAGAGAGCAACUACCUGUUUCUUGGGGACUACGUGGACCGGGGGAAGCAGUCUCUGGAGACCAUCUGCCUCUUACUGGCUUACAAAAUCAAGUACCCCGAGAAUUUCUUCCUUCUCAGAGGAAACCAUGAAUGUGCCAGCAUCAAUAGGAUUUAUGGAUUUUAUGACGAAUGUAAAAGAAGAUACAACAUUAAACUCUGGAAAACUUUCACAGACUGCUUUAACUGUUUACCGAUAGCAGCCAUCGUGGACGAGAAAAUAUUUUGCUGUCAUGGAGGUUUAUCACCAGAUCUUCAAUCUAUGGAGCAGAUAAGGCGAAUCAUGCGACCAACUGAUGUACCAGAUCAAGGUCUUCUUUGUGAUCUUUUGUGGUCUGACCCCGAUAAAGAUGUCUUAGGCUGGGGUGAAAAUGACAGAGGAGUGUCCUUCACAUUUGGUGCAGAAGUGGUUGCAAAAUUUCUCCAUAAGCAUGAUUUGGAUCUUAUAUGUAGAGCCCAUCAGGUGGUUGAAGAUGGAUAUGAAUUUUUUGCAAAGAGGCAGUUGGUCACUCUGUUUUCUGCCCCCAAUUAUUGUGGAGAGUUUGACAAUGCUGGCGCCAUGAUGAGUGUGGAUGAGACGCUCAUGUGCUCAUUUCAGAUAUUAAAGCCUGCAGAGAAGAAGAAGCCAAAUGCCACAAGACCUGUAACACCUCCAAGGGGUAUGAUCACAAAGCAAGCCAAGAAAUAGAUGCCAUUGGAGACUGCCUGGUUGGGACUUGUAACAUAGAGUGUAUGACCUUCAUUUUUAAGACUGUAAUGUGUAUUGGUCAGCUUGCUCAAAUAGUGUUUGUGGAACGCGGCUCCUUCCCGCCUCCCCCCCCCCCUUUUCCAUUUUUGUCUUAAUGAAUUCCAUUUGCUGGUUGUAACAGCAAAUGAAAGAUUACGAUCCUAUGAAGUGUUUUGUUCUGGGUUUUUGUUUUUUGUUUUUUAAUUUUCUAUUUCUUUGGCAAACAAUUUUAAUCAUGGUGUUAAGCUGUAUGACCCUGGACAGUUUAUCCUUCCCAAGGGUAGUUGUACAGUUGAUCUUUUUAAUUCAGGAAAAGAAAAUAAUGUAAAUGCUCAUUUUCCUUAGGACAUAAAGAGAACCUUGGGGUGCUCCGUCUGUACACAUCAUUGUCAUAUAAUGCAUAUCUGUUGCUAGAAACCACUGUGAACUUUUUUAAUUUUGUUUCAAAGGGAUUGCUUUUUCUCUCAUUGUCUCAUUAUGUAAAAACUAGAUUUUAUAGCUAUCAACAUUAGGAGUAACUUCUCAACUUCGCCAGCAUCACUGGUAUGUAUAUUUAAUUAAAGCACACUCUCCCCUACUCUAUACUUAAAAAUGACAAAGCCAUUAUUUUCGAUGUCAGUGACUCUUUCUUUAAAGCCAAAGUUUCUGUUGGAAAUCAUUGAAAACAACCCGAAGUCGCAGGUGGCCUGUUACACACAGCCGUCACCUUGGGAAUUCAGAAACAGCAAUUAGUAACAUAGUGCUAGUUAAGUGACUAAGGCUCGCAGUUCAUAACAUUUUGUACAAUUACCAUCUAGUCUAUUCACUUAAGUAAUCUUUUUACAGUUCCAACAGGCCUGAAUCUGUUCAUUCAGAAAGCUUCAAAUUAGAGAUACAAUACUGUCCUAUGUGAGUGACCGAUUAUACUUUAUUUGGCCUACAGUCUUUAUUCUGUGGUGAAGUUGAGGCUAAUAUCUCAAAACAAAGGAAAUUAGUAUCUACCUGUUUAUACAGAACUCACAGUAUCUGACUUUUUUUUAACUAAGAUCUGUUAAAAAGAAAUCUGUUUCAACAGAUGAUCAUGUACAAUACCAUGUGAUGGAAAUGAAUAUCAGACUUAUUAAAUGAUGAACUUGGUAAA